CAUACCCAUACUUUCUUCUUCUUUCUACACCCCUUCCCUAUGUUUCAUAUUCUGCAGAAGAAGAUAAAGGGAACGGUAUUUUCAUAUUCCCACGCAUCGAAGAAGUGAUCAGGAUCGUUUCGUUUCUAACAGGAAGUUGAAUUGAAGUUCGUAGCAAGGGAGGGAGAGAAAGAGAUCUAAAAGUGUAAGAUGGACAGAGGAAAGAUCGAAGAAGUAAUCGAGAAGCAAGUACUGACGGUGGCGCAAGCCGUCGAGGACAAAAUCGAUGAAGAGAUCGCCGCACUCGAACGUCUCGACGAUGAUGAUCUCGAAGCUCUCAGGGAACGCAGAUUACAACAAAUGAAGAAAAUGGCGGAGAAGCGUAGCCGUUGGAUCUCCCUCGGACACGGUGAAUAUACCGAGAUUCCUUCCGAGAAAGACUUCUUCUCCGUCGUUAAGGCCAGUGAACGUGUCGUCUGUCAUUUCUUCCGCGAAAAUUGGCCCUGCAAGGUUGUGGACAAGCAUUUAAGUAUUUUGGCGAAGCAGCAUAUUGAGACCCGCUUUGUGAAAAUUAAUGCUGAAAAAAGUCCGUUUUUAGCUGAGAGGCUCAAGAUCGUUGUUCUUCCGACUAUUGCCCUCAUAAAGAAUACAAAAGUGGAUGAUUAUGUGGUGGGUUUUGAUGAACUUGGUGGUACUGAUGACUUUAGCACCGAGGUUUUGGAAGAAAGAUUGGCUAAAGCUCAAGUCAUCUUUUUGGAGGGUGAAUCAUCAAUCCACCGUGCAAGGUCUAGUGCACAAACCAAAAGAAGUGUUCGGCAGAGCACAAAGGCAGACUCCUCUGAUUCAGAGUAACUUGUAUUUCCUGUUGAGUUUUAUUUACGUUGCCCUCCUGGAAAGACGAGAGCUCAGAUCACCGUCUAAAUUUUGUAUCAUUGGCCGCAUGUGUCUUUCUAAGUUUAGUUUCAUUGACCACUUGUGUGUCUCUUGUAAGUUUCUAUCCGUUAUUUAUAGAUCUAGUGCUUAUAGUUUAGUACUGUUGUUUUUUCUAAAAUGCUUUUUAUAUAUUAUUCCCCCUGGUUGUACCAAUGAUACUAAUCAUUAGAAUCAAUAGUAAGAGUUUUGAGAUGAACACAUAGAGCCUUUAACGUGUGUGUCCUUUGCAAAUGUGUUAAUGCCAAGAAUUACUUUAUGCA